AUGGCAUCCUACGGCCAUCAUAUGCCUGCGGCGGCUCCUCGAGCUGCUCAUCCUGCCGCCUAUGGCGCCCCAAUGCCUGCCCCUGUGGCUACGGCGCCUGCAGGCACCUUUACGCCCGGAACGAAGAUACAGGUCGGAGGCCACAGGGUAGUGAUCCAGAAAUACCUAUCCGAGGGAGGUUUCGCACACGUUUACCUGGUUAAGCUCCCGAAACCCGUCGACGGUACGGAUAUGGCUGUCUUGAAAAGAGUUGCUGUUCCCGAUAAGGAGGCUCUCCGCAGCAUGCGAAUUGAGGUCGAGACCAUGAAGAAGCUCAAGGGCCAUCGCCCAAUCGUCACAUAUAUCGACUCGCAUGCAUCGGAAAUGCGAGGAGGAGGCUACGAGGUAUUCCUGCUCAUGGAAUUCUGCAAUGGAGGUGGUUUAAUCGACUUCAUGAACACGCGUCUACAACACCGCUUGACCGAACCCGAGAUCCUCCAUAUUUUUACCGACAUAACGGAAGGUGUUGCCUGCAUGCAUUACCUGAAGCCACCGCUACUUCACCGCGAUUUGAAGGUCGAAAACGUUUUAAUCCUGAGCAAUGGUUCCCAGAAGCGUUUCAAGCUUUGCGACUUUGGAUCUGCUGCCCCACCCAAACCCGCGCCCCAGACCGUCGUCGAAUGCAGACUUCUGGACGAGGACGUCCAGAAACAUACCACCAUGCAGUAUAGAAGUCCAGAGAUGGUUGACGUCUACCGUAAACAGCCCAUCGACGAGAAAUCAGAUAUCUGGGCUCUGGGCGUUCUGCUGUACAAGUUGUGCUACUAUACAACACCUUUCGAGGACCAGGGACAGCUGGCCAUUCUCAACGCAAGCUUCAAGUAUCCCAGCUACCCUGUGUUCUCGGACCGGCUAAAGAAACUUAUUGCAUCCAUGCUGCGCGAGAGUCCACAGGCAAGACCAAACAUUUACCAGGUUCUCCGUGAGGGGUGUGUGAUGCAAGGACGCGAUGUUCCUAUUCACGAUAUCUAUGCCGGAAAGCAGCCCUCGGCUCAACAGGGUAGACCCUCUGCUACGGAGAAGUCCCAACCAAAAGUCGGCGCCGUCUUCUCCCCGCCUGCACAGCAGAAGGAGGCCAUUCCCGAUAUUGUUCCCAUGAGAAGGGGAAGGCUGCCAGCCGCCAGCCAACAAUCUCAGCCUGCUCAAGCAGCUAAAGCAAGUCCAUCUCCUAUGAGGGUGACAAACGGAGAUCCCUUCGCCGCUCUAGAUGCGCCCGCUGCAGCGGCGGCGGCGGCGGCACCAUCCACAGCUAUGGCUGGAGAUGUGGACGAAUUCACAUCCCGAUUCCCGCCUGUUGAUCAGUUCUCUAUCCUCCACGAGCAUGGUGCAAAGUUCAACUUUGACUCUCAUACUCCGCCCCCAGCCCAGCAGCAGAGAGCCCCGGCUCCUAGGUCUGCCGACAGGUCGGCGGAUCAGUCGUUCCCGAUAUCCCAUUCCCCGCCCAAGAACCAGGAGCAGGCUCGACCAAGAACUGUUGCGCCGGCAGUCACUGCUUCCUACCCCCCGCCAUCGGUUAAGUCGCCUCCCCCGGGUGCGGUGGGACUUACCAAGACUGCAUCCGCUCCUCCAAAGCCAACUGAGAUGAGCAGAGCGCACGCCAUCAUUAAUAAGAAUCCAGAGUUGCAGGCGAUUUCUUCGCAGACCAAGCCGCAAUACCAGCCUCAGCCACAACCGUCCAGAUAUGUGUCAACCGGGACAAUGACAGCUUCUCCUCCACCUGAGCACCAGCCUCCGCAAACAAUACCCGUGUGGAAGGUGCCUACGACAGAUCAUCACCGGUCUACCAGUCUUCCCCGUCAGCAAGAUCAGGCUUUACCGUCUCGAUCAGGGGGGGAAGAAGGGCCUCUUCCUCGCGCUCCGUCAUACCAGCUGCGUCCAACGCACGUGCGGCACCCGUCGUCUUCUCGGCCGUCGCUUGAAGGAGGCCGGCCAAGCUUGGAGCUGCUCGAUGCAAGUAACCAGUCGAGAAGAUCCAUUGAUGGACGCCCGCGGCCCGUCAGCACUCAUUUGGAGUCAAACCUAGAUUUCCUACGAGAGAAGGAAGGUUCCUCCAAGCCUCUUCCUUCUCCUAGUCUCAUGUCCCCGAAGUUUCCUGACAGAGCGUCAUCUCCUGCAGCAGCGGAGCCGGAGGAAGAAGCUCAUAUCGAGUCCAACGUGGAUUUUUUGCGUAGCAUGGAAGAAUCGGACUCGAAGAAGCGCGACUGGCACUCCAAGCAUAGCAAACGCGCAAGUUUGGGCUCUUUGUCCGGGACGAAGAGUAUGUUUGCUGGAAAGUUUGGAGAUGCGUUUAAACGUUUCGAGGGAAACCAAGCACCACCACCUGCCCGGACUCCGUCGCCGCUCAAGCAGCUGGACCGGAGUAAUGCAUUGGACCCUAUCGAGGGAUCGGAAGCUACCGAUGGCCGCACCGAUGACGGUAAAGGACUUGAGGAGACUGAAGAUAUGACACCGGCAAUGAGACGUGAAGUGGAGCGUCUGCGCCUUGAAGAGGAAGAACGCCGUGUUGAAGCGGCGGCAGCAGAGUAUCGCCAAAGGUUCACCAACCAAGGAUCAGGAUCCGGCGGCCCCGCAUCGCUGCCGAAGAGCAUCGGGGGCGUUUCUCGGGCUGUCAGUAUCCAGAACCGGGUUCAAAAUCUUUUAAGCGAGGGUCAGAAGUCCUCAGCCCAAGUACCGCGCACCGCCCAGGGAUACGGCAUCUACACGGACACAUCCUCGUCCACCGGCCGGGACAAGCAGCUUCCCGAGAUUCCGAGAAAGCCUGUGGGGGGCGCCAAACCUCGCCCAAUGACGCCGUCUAACUCCUCAGAUGUGAUGGUCAACAAAGUACGGCCCUCCGUAAACGAGCCGGUGCCGACAGCGGGACGGUCUACACCCGGGCCGCGGCCCAUUGCGCCCCGGAAGCCGAUGCACCUCAACAGCUUGCCGACCGGUGGCAGACCAGGCUCGCCGCCGAAGCAGCCCCACCCUUCGCAAUCCAUGUCUUCCGAGCAUCUCGUUGGAGUAGGACUCCCUGGACGACCGGUACUAGAGAUGUCAGCCAAGGAGAAGGACGACUAUGUUCAGGACUUCUCGAAGCGGUUCCCUAGUCUCGGCUCGAUCGAGAUGGUGGAGAGAGACCUUGCAGCGGAAGCGGGCGAGCAGCGAACUAGCAGAUAG